AAUAUUUUCACCUUUUAAAAUAUGAAAAUAUCCACAUCUUCAUCUUUUUAUCUCCUGCAACUUGACUGUGAGCAAUCAAACAUGGAUACAUGCCUUUCCUCAAACCAGUCACCAGAGGCAGUGGAGAAGCCGAAAAUUAAUGCUAGAAAAACAGCCACACAGUUUCUCAUAUUUCCACUUUCCUCCCCUCCUUUCUAUUUUAUUCACAGCUCUCCCUUUUCCAGACAGCCAUUCUGUUCGAAUCCCAACUCGAGGUUCUUGAUGGAGACUACGAAGGUUGUUCGUGAAGUUCAGAAAUUCGUAGCUUUUAAUGUUGAGAACUGUUUCAAGAUGGUGGACAAUUUGAGGUCCCAAAAUAGGGUUCUAGAUAAAGUUUUGUCCUUUUGUGCUUGUGUUCAAAAUGGCCGCCAGCUUCCAAGAAUGAAAAGGUGGAAUUUGUCUGUGCCCUCCAAUUCAAAUUUUGCCGCCAUUUUACCAGGAGAUUCUUUGGCUGGACUCGUCGUGACAAACGGGAUCUCGAAUUUCUUAAACAUUUACAACACUGUGUUAGUCUUGAGGCUCGUCUUAACUUGGUUCCCUAAUGCCCCUCCAGCAAUCGUCAACCCACUUAGCACUAUAUGUGAUCCAUACUUGAACCUAUUCCGAGGAAUUAUCCCACCACAAGGUGGACUUGAUUUGUCGCCAAUAUUAGCAUUUCUUGUUUUAGAUGUAUUUACGAGCUCGGCUGCUGCACUGCCUGCUGAACUUCCACCCACCGAAGGAUUGAUAGGUAUUGAAAAUCCUAAAACGUCAUUUCGCCUUACCUCAUCACACAAGAAGUGGAUGAUGAGAAGGUUUUCAGGAAGCAAGUCCACGAGUUCUAGAUGUGAACAAGAAGGAGCAAUAAUACGGAUUAGCAACAGAUUAUCGUCCCACGACAAGAAAAUAUUGGCAAUGGCUUUAGCGAUUGUUGCUAUACUUUCGCCUCUUUACAUUGAUCGUCAAUCGAUGCCUGAGCCAGAGGACGAUGAAGAAGAUUCGUACUUAUCUUGCUAUUUUUUGCCGGUUUUGCUGCUGGUUCUUAUAAUAGGCAUAGCAGUAUCAGCUUACUUAGAGCAUGGAUUUAGCAGGUUGGACCCUUACUGGAUUCACAGGGUAGGUGGAUCUUCAACUGGGAUAUUUAUUCUUUUAAUUGUUCUUACUUUGGUUUUGAGGUGUAAAAGCUCUUGA